AUGUGCUUCCGUAUUGUUCGUGAUGGCUAUGUAGUGAUCGAAAUUGAGCCGUCCCAUGAGACUGCCGCAGAAGGCGCUAACGAUCUUCGGAUAUCUGACGAUAAUAAUGCAUUUUGUAAAGUUAUAGAGCUUCCAGGUAUGAAUAAUGGAUCACUGUACCACUCCCUCCGCCAUAACAUUCCUCGAACAGGGCACAGAGUUGGCGCCUUUGCUGAGUCUACCAGUGACAAAAUAGAUACUAUAGUAGUCUUUGACUGGUGGCAAGCCUACGAUGGAAACCAUUGUGAUAUGCGUCCUGAUCCGUUCAGGAAUCGGAAAAAUCUGCAGGAGUCUGGGGUGGAGGAUGUUUCGCUUUGCUGCUAA